UUACAGAAGGCUGAAAGACCUAUGCUUAGCGCAUUACUAAGAAAAUUUUAGCAGAGUUUUGUUAUGUACUUCUUUCUUUUAAAAAUUGUUUACUUUUUGAAUUAGGUCUCCAUGAUUAGUUAUUAUUUACUUCAUGUGUAAAGUAUUUAGCUGAAAGUUCCUGAUGAUAAAGUUAAUGCCUUUAAUUUCCCUGAAACAUGUCAAAUCAUCGGAAUAAUGCUUUAUGUGCUUAUCGUAGUUUUUUCCAUGUCAGUUGAUGGCUAAUCAAUUAUCUGGGAUAGCUGUAAUUCUGUUUAUUGCAUUUGGGAGUUUGACCUUCAUACUGUUAUUCAUAUUUGCUAAAAGACAAAUUACAAGAUUUGCUUUGAAAUCUAGAUGUGGUCCUCAUGUUAUGGUUGGUGUUGAUGCUCCAAAGCGUUUAUCCCUAGAAAUUGAAAGAAGGCUGGAUGUAAUUGAUAAAAUCAGAUGUGAACCGUGGCUUCUAAAACAAUCAAUUCGUGAACAGUUUGAAGAUCCAGAUCUUGUUGCUUACUUAUCCCCUCCACAUAUUUAUAGAAUGAAAGCUGUAGAUGAUGUGCGGGAAUUAUGUAAAUUGAUUAGUUCAACAAGUAAUAAAAGAUCUCGUCAAGUGCAAGAGGAUGUACUGGAAUAUUUUUUUAGACUUUAUAAAGAUGAUACAUUCCCCACUAUUACUGUUGAAACAUUAAACACAUUUCUUUUACUGUAUGAGCAAGCAAGGUAUCAGCCAGGUGAGUUUUUGUAUUCUACAUAUUGCCAAUUUCGAGAGCUCCUUCAUAUUGUACAAAAUGAUAUUAUACAAUCAAGUAAAAAUUUGGAGUCAAAGGGUGCUAUUCAUAAAUCAAACCUUAGCCAGUUAGAGGAGGCAGCACAAGCUGAUGAAAGUACAAAAUCUCUUCUUACUGAGUCUUUUGCAUCAUCAGGUGGCAGUGUAAAUAAAUUUACUCGUGAGACUUCUGUAUAAAAUAUUUUUGACUUUACAGUUUAUUCAUUAAUAAAUAUAUUUUUGUAUUGCA